AUGGAACAGUCAGCUCGUUCCAAGCGCACUUCCAACGCCGAUGUCGAGCUCGCAAGGUCAAAUGUUCCGGAACGCAUCCGUGUGACAAGUGUCGCCAUCGGCAGCAAGUCUGUGUCUUUGAGGAAGAUCGGAAGAUUAUUGUUCCUUUCGCUCAAGAGAAAGGUCAGCGAACUAGAAGGCUCGCUUAUAUCGACCCCGUCGAAGCGGCCUCGCGUCUUACAGGGUCAUCCCAGUGAUUCUGAGUCUAGCGGUUCAAAAGAAGCGCCACAGUCAGUGUCGGAGCCAUGCAGACUCGCUACGCCUGAGCAACAUGAGUUGAAUCGGUACGAUGAGCGAUUCGCCUCCAAUCCCUUGGUAUCUCCAUCCACAUAUGUCAAGAAUAGCGGACGCACGCAACGGGCUUGGUUACUUCUCGGUCCGACCUCGACCUGGUCGUUUAGUCGUCGGAUCCUCAGCACGAUUCAGAAUCGACUUAACCCUACGACUACCAGACCGAUCCCUUUAGCUGUUGACGGCGAUGCAUAUCAGAUUCACUGGCGCCAGGCCAGCUCCCAAGAGAUCCCGGAUACCAGCGGACUCCCUUCUCGCGAUCAAGCAAUCUACAUGCUCAACACGGUCCGUUUCCAUUUUGACCAUUUGUAUCAGCUCUUUGACGAGGGGGACUUCGUCCGUAACUUGGAGGAGUUCUAUCAUAACGCAUCCGCAAAGGUCCAGGAAUCCAGGCUGUGGUACGUGCAGUUUCUGGUCGUGCUGGCGUUCGGAGAGGCGUUGUUGGCACCCGUGCGAAGAGCCUCGAAUACUGCAUCAUGGACAAAGUACUUCUCUCGAGCGAUGUCGCUACUACCAGAUACCACGGCGCUCUGGCAGGAUCCUCUUCUGGCCAUUGAGGUUCUGGCGCUAAUUGGGCUGUAUCUUCACUCGGUGGAUAUGCGGGACUCGGCCUAUUGCUAUAUCGGUCACGCGAUGCGUAUGGCUCUGGUGGAAGGCUUGCAUCGAGCUCUUCCAGUCGAACAACUUGGCCAGAAACGUGUCGAACGGUGUACGAAGAUCUGGUGGACGGUAUACAUUCUCGACCGCAAGUUCUCUGCUUUGAUCGGGUCGCCGAAUUCGGUGAAUGAUGGGGAUGUAACCACGGUCCUGUGGGACCCGAAGAGCUGCUCCCAAGAGACAGCAGCCUUGAGCCUUCACGUCAAGAUCACGCAGGUCAUCACGCGGGUGUUGAAUACGGUAUACAGUGCAAACGGGAAGUUGGGCGCUGCCUUCCUUCACGGAAUUCGCUCCAUAUUACAUGAGAUGACCGACCUGUCGCGGGAAUUGGAGGAGGUUUUCGCUCAUCGAUUCUCGAGUUCGGUGGAUACUCUUUCCGGUGUGACCACUCGGUUGACACUUUCAUGUCAUUCGUGCAUUAUUGUCACCGCUCGUCCACUCAUCCUGAGUUUGCUCUGGGAACGACUCAGCUGCUUCGAAGAGGGCGACGUCUUCCGAAGUCUGUCUUCCCCCGUUCGAACCCUGAUUCAAGCGUGUAUCGAUUCAUCACUCAGAUCUUUGAAGAUUCUAACGGCUCUGCGAGAUCAAAACAUCCUUGAAAGUUUUCUCCCCUUCGACCUCGAGAACCUGUUCUCGUCUUUCUUCAUUCUAUCCUUGAUCUCCGCCAUCUUGCCCGGCACACUACCAGACCACAGCUACCGCGAGAUGGGCUUCAGUCUGUUAGACGAGAUGAUCGCCAGGGGAAACCGCGUCGCGCAACUUCGCAGAUCAGAGAUUGAGCUUCUCGAAGAAUUGGUGCAACCACUAGUACGACCAGAGACCCUUCAUCGCGAAGAGGGCACGGGAGUUCCUCCCGUUGACUCAAUCAAUGAAAGAAACUCUGUGGCUCGAGAGGAGCAGCACGGAAUGGGUCCAGAUGCAGAAGACCCCAGUCCAACUCCUGCGGUCACAGUGACACAGGAGGAGGAUCUCCUUUUCGACUGGCGGGAUUUCGGACUAUCGUUGAAUCAUAUGCUCUCAGCGACCGAUGAGUUGAACGCGAACAGCUUGGUCCCUGGGGGCGAGGGCGAGGAAUUACCAACUGACUUAUGGUUGUGGGGUGAUGGCUAG